AAUCGCGAAUUUUUUUUUGGCAUUUUCAUACAUUUUGGGUGAUCAAAUGUCCAUGUUUUCUAUGGAAUAGCCAAUAAUAUUUUCGUGAUUUCGGGGUUGGCCCAUAGGAAUAGUAGCUCGAUUUAGCGAGUAGAAUCUCUGCAUUUAAAUCCCCAUGGUGGAAGACAUACUGUAUAUUAUUACAAUCCUCUUUUUUCGUACGAGUACAAAAAGUAUUUUGUAUAUUAUAAGUACCAUGUACGUAUGUUACUUUUUUUAGUACUAUAGUUCAGAAGACUGAUUACUGCGGGAGUUUCAAAAAAAUACUAAAAUGUUAACGUUAAUAGUGUUUUUCUUUAACCUUUUAACCGCUUAAAUUUUUUCAUCGAGCAUGCUCGCGUCGCCGCCGGAACGGAGUUACACGAAGUUUUGUCUAUUUUCUCAGACUGCGGCGAAAAGAGCUGGACAUUGCAUGUCUUAUAUCAGACUAUGGUGGUUAAAAGGUUAAUUAGAAACGUUACGUAAGUCUUUUGGAGUUAUUUAAGGAAUUACCCACCUUUUUUAGUAUUCAAAGUACCUCUCUUUAUUCCAAUCAACCAUCUUACUCUAAUGAAACGUGGACCUACAAAUAUACUAGGUUAUUUCAGCGCGUAAAAACUUAUUCAUUAUAAAUGGCUACUAUACGCUACAGCAAAUAUUGAAACAGCUGAACCGUGACGCGUGUCUUGAUUGGGUAUAUACUUAAAUGGCUACGAAAGUAACGUAAGGCCUGUAAGAGCCCCCGCGCCGCGCGCACGCCUCGUAUUACUACACGGAGAUUCGUGAAAUAUGAAGGUGCUCGUUAUCAUCUUUUCGGGAUUAGUGUUGCAGACAUCUGCGUCAUUCUUCGACGAACUGCGUGGCGCGGUGUCUUCAGUGGAGAGUAGCUUCGGGAAACUUCUGAAUGACGUCAUAUACGAUGUCAGGGAAACCAUAGACUGCACUCUGAUGGCAGUUGAGCAGGUGCUGGCUUUGGGUGUGUUUAGAGAUCCAGCGGAUUAUGAUACACGGUGCAGAGGUACUGAAGCGGUCGAGCAGCCACCACCACCACCGACAGCCGUGGUAGCCACCGACCCACCACCUACUCCAGAAACCCACAACAUCGAAAUCCCUCCUACACAAGUCGACUCCUCAAUAUUAAACGUAGAUCAAGUUCUCUGUGAUGUCUUAAAAAAAGAUGACCCACACGCUCAACUAGAAACAGUUAAAUUGGCUCUCAUAAACGAAACUGAACGAUUAACAGAAAUAAGUGAAUUACUAAAGAAACAACUUGAAGAACUCUCAGCAGAAGUGAAGGAAAAGUUUAAAGCGAUUGAGCUGAAAACGUCAGAACCUUCUGUGGAGAGCAUUUGGAACGAUAUUAAACUGCUACACGAAAUAGAACAUAAACAUGAGAAUUCCGACGAUGCGAAGAAAAUCAGCCGUGUUCUAGACCAGAUUUUGAGUAUCCUCGAUGUGAAUGAGGAAGAUCGCUCAUCCGCAGUCGAUUACAAAAUACAAGAAAUUAUGCGCAAACUUAGCAAGCAAACUAAAGGCGGAGACAGUGACAUCUGGACAGACCUUAAAAAUUAUCCUAAAGAUUUUCGCGAAUACGCCAAAAGAGUAUUUGAUGAAAAUAGAUCGACUGUACCACCCGAUGAUAGAACUAAAAAACCCGAACCUGAAGAAGUUACAGAGAGUGAUGCUGGUAAAAUAGACGAAAAGGAUAACCAAACUAAAAAAACUCAUGAAACAGACAAAAAGGAAACCCAAACGAAUAAAAUGGACAAAAAAGAUGACCAAACUGAAAAAACAAAAGAAAUUACCUCAGUUAAACAUAAACGUAAAAGACGUAAACCAAAAAGAACUACGACAACUACUUCUGAAAGACCGUUAACCAUUGAGGAGUUAGCAGCUCAAUACGGUUCGCUAUUUGAUGUGAUGCCCGAUAUCGAUAGUAUUGAGAACAAGAAAGCUCUCGAAAGUGCGAAGAGUAUCAUACGAGAUAACGAGCUGAAUCGUGCAGUCUUGAACAGUUUGGAAUCAAGCAAAGAUGCGCGCGAUCUUUUCGAUGACCCAGACUUGCUAGCAGAUUUUAAGGGAUAAAAGAGAAUAAUACAUUAUAUAUUUAUUGCUAUCAUAUUGUUAAUGUAAUACCGCCUUUAAAAAUUAAGUUUUUUUUUUUAACUAAGCACAGUUUAUUGUUUGUCUUUUAUUAAGGUAUGCAAUGUUUGGGCGGAUCAACUUUUUAACCGGCACAAAUCUCAACUUUUAAAUUUCGUUGUAAAUUUUCACUUUUAAAUAAUGGCUCGUCUAAUUUUCAGUUAAUGGUGUAUGUUAAAACAUUCAAGGCCUCAACUGUUAAACUUUAUAAAAAGAAAUUAUUUAUAUUGUAAGCCUGAUAUCUUGGUAACUCCAGAGACAUUUUGAGUAACUCAAGAGACAUUAAACUGUCGGUCAAAAAGUUGAUUCACCCGUUUAUUUAUUUUUAUGUUAAGAAUUAUAAUUAAGAAAUAACUAAUUUGCAUUUGAUAUACAACGGUAUAAACAUUACUCGAUAUAGGUAAUAUUAAAUCAUAAGGAAAGUUUGUGAUAUAAAGAACUCGAGACUAUUUCAAUAAAAAAAUCAUUGUUCAAUUGUUAACUUUAAUUAGUCAUCAAAAAGUUUAAAUGGCUUAUAAUAUAAUGGCUUUUAUAAUAUUUAAAUAACACAUACGGCCCGAUUCGAAGAAUGAUUAAGACACGUUUUAGAUCUUUAAAAGAUCGAUAACUACACGACAUGUCAAAAUUGACGUUUAUUGCGAUCCCGCUGUGAUCUACGAUAUUUCUAACGUCAAAAUGACAUUGGUUGCCCGAAUCGAGCUGCUUCUGUCAAUUAUACGACAUACAAACGAUAUCUAAAUGAGAACAUAUCUAAAACAGAACUUACCGUUAUCGUAACUCAUUAUUUUAAUCGGACCGUAUGUAGAGUCUGUGCGGAAAGAGAAGAGUCGUGAAAUGUAUGGGGCGCAAUACAUUCCAAGACUCUUCUCUUUCCGCAAAGACUCUCUAUAAGAAGUUUUGUAAACUCACGGCUAUGCCAUGAACUAUCAAAUCAAAAACAAUUUGGAAUUGCGCCUUAGUUUACCAGGUAAUUUCAGUAUAGAUGUAACAGCAUCUGUAGUUAUAUCGGUCUGCUCCCAGACCCCUCGUUAAUUGAGUUUUGUGUACACACCUGUACUAAUCGAAGAGGAAAGUCAAUCUACAAAGUAAACACCGUGUUUCUAUAUUAUAACGAUUUUAUUAACAAUAUAAAUACGUAAUUACAAACUUAUUAUUCUACAAUUGAGCUGCGCUACUCUACCGCGAGCAGUCAACGUGCUUACUUUAAUAGUUCUAGUUUGGUAAAUCUUACUCUGUUCCUUACGAGGAUCACUACGCUGCCUUUACCUCAUGCCUUCAGCUAUUUAAUCCCUCAGUUGACCGAAAAUCACUUGAGCUGAUGAGAUUUUCAUUAGCCGUCUCAGUUGACAUAAUGUUUUAUUUUAGAUUUUGGAAAAGUCAUGUGACCCAAAAAUAUGCAUUAGGCAAAAUGCGACACGAAUAAAAGUCUCAUUCGAUCAAAUUGUGUAGGUCUAAAGAGGGACACCCUAUCCAACAUAUUGCUUGUAGAAAUUCACACCAAUGUGUUCGUGUUCAUUUAAUCAUUACUUAUCUUUCGUUUUAUACUUAACACGAAAAGCGUUAUAUAAUUAGCAAUUUUACGUGAUUUUUUUAAAAUUUUGUACAAAUAUAUUUUAAAAUUGUCAUUUUAAUUUCUGUUCGUAUUAAAAAUUAUGAUUUAUCUUCAAUUCCUCUCCCAUAAAUUUGGCACCAUACUUGUUAAAAUAUAUCCAAAUUUAAUUUUUCCAAUAAAGACAUUCGGCACAGUUUACUAUUUUACCAAGUGUAAGGCGUGGCUUACUUGAACUAUUUUGUAAAAAAAAGCUUGAAAUAUAAUUGCAUCGUGUCAAAAUAAUAAGAUCAUCAGUCCGAAGCUAAUAAAUAUAACAGGGAACCAUUUCUCGAAGGGUAUUAGACUAAUAAUAUUGGUCCGCGAACUGUCAAGUCGUAUGGGUUAUCAUGGCAACGCACUAAUAAUAUUAGACUGAUACUAUAAUUUGUCCACGAACUGUCAAGUCGUACGGGGUAACCAUAGCAACAGACUAAUAAUAUUAGACUAAUACCGUUUGAGAAAUGGGACCCAGCAAAUAGAAUGCAUUAGUUAUGUUAUGGGAUUAUUACUAAGGUGAAUCUUAAAGAUGUAGGGGUUUUUUGUAGAAAGCUACAACAUGAAGAAGGGUAGCUUUUUUGAGAAGAUUUGGUGGAGUCAGAUAUCUUAUUCUUUUAGAUAAAAAAGACGUAACUUUCUACCAAAAACUACCUACAUGAGUUGUCAAGACGAACUAUGAUAGAAUUCAAUAAACUUACUGUAUUUUUUCAAAGCAAUACAAAUAAUGAUUUUCAAUAAAUUGGGAUGCACGUUUAGAGCGGCUGGGGCUUCAUCGAAGAAAGUAUUUCUAAGUUUACAUUCAGCCAUUGUUGUGGUUAUCGAAUUGAGCAAUCGCUUAACGUAAAUUGUUAAGUAUUGUACUUAUUAUCAUAAGGAUAAUUGUUUACAUGCUAAAUGGGCAUUGGUGCGUCUCAAGGACUAAGUAGGUUCGCUCCUUGAGGAUAUGUAUGUAUGUACAAUAUUAUUUUGUUGAAAUAAUACAUCGUUAUUACUUGUGGUGGUUCCGCAUUUCAUUGUAUAAUCAUAACAUUUCAAUGUAAAUACUUGACUGAUAUAUAUAAAUAAAAUUAAAAUAUAAUCUCGUACCUUUCUUUAGUAUAUGGCGGCAUAUUGAUCAAAUUCUACAUCUUUCUUAUAAAUAAUAAAAUCGAUAUCUUUACGUUUAUGUACAUGUUCUAUUCUACGACAAAUGUUAGAAAUUGCUUAGAAGUUUGAAGAAUAUAGCUAUUCGAUAGUAGAAUUAAUCAUUCAUCAAGAAGUAGGUAUAAUUAUACUUAUGAUAAUUGCUUAGUUUUCCUAGUCUAUUUUGAUUCGAUGUCUACUUAUUUGCUAACAAUUAGGAAGGUAUGGUACAAAACAAACGCGCUCUUAAUUCAAUCUUACCAGAAUAAGCGAGGUGCGAAUAGGAGAUUACGUAUACGUUGAGAUGAAGCGUGUCUAAGUGUAUUAAUGUUAAUGUACUGGCUAGUCUGGUGCUAUCCGCUACACGAUUUUAUUGAACACAGACAAUAUUUAUU